AUGUCAGGUAUUGACCCAAAUAUCAUCUGUUAUAGACUUGCUAUCAACCCAUCAAUCCAACCUAUAGCCCAGAAAAAGCUUCACCUUGGUACAGACAAGAGGGAAGCCUUCUUAGGAGAAACUCAGAAACUACUCAAUGCUGGAUUCAUAAAGAAACUCAUAUUAAUAAGCUGGUUAGCAAAUGUGGUCAUGGUUAAAAAACACAAUGGUAAGUGGAAGAUGUGUGUGGACUAUACUGAUCUCAAGAAGGCAUGCCCAAAAGGCGCAUAUCCUCUACCUUAUAUUGACAAAUUAGUUGAUAGCUCAUCUGAUUUUCAAUGCUUAAGUUUCAUAGAUGCAUAUUCUGGCUAUAACCAAAUACUUAUGUAUAUGCCUAACCAAGAUAAAACCAUUUUCAUUACUGACCAUGGUGCAACUUAUCAUAGGCUAAUGGACAAAAUUUUUGCUAGCCAAAUCGGACGAAAUAUAGAGAAACCAGAGCAUGGUAGACCUCUCUACCUAUAUCUAUCUAUUACUAAUCAUGCUAUUAGUUCUGUUUUGGUGACAGAAAUAGAGCUCCCAGAGUAUGAUAUCCAAUACCAAGCACGAGGAGCCAUCAAGUCUCAAGCACUAGCCAAUUUUAUAGCAGAACUCACACUCGACGAACCUCUUUCACAUGACGAGAUAUGGAUGUUAUACGUCGAUGGGGCUUCAAAUGUACAAGGCUCUGGAGCUGGGAUAUUACUCGAAAAUGUCAAAGGAAUGACUAUAGAACAAUAUCUACAAUUCACUUUCCAUGCUAGCAAUAACCAAGCAGAAUAUGAAGCACUUAUAGCUAGUCUAAAAUUAGCUAAUACCCUUGGAAUAAUACACCUCAAUGUCAAUCAUAGAUUCCCUAUUAGUCAUGCAACAAGUAACAACUAA